AUGGCGACGUCGUCUCGGCGCGCCGCAGCCUGCUGGGACCUCCCCGUUCUGCUGGCGCUACUCAUGCUGCUGGCGGCGCUGCUCCUGCUGCUCACCCCGGCACCAGCUUUUGGCGGCCGUACGUACGACAAGGUCGCUGGCGGUGUCGGUGGCGUCAUUGCAAUUGAGGAUGGCAGCGGGCUGCGGGAGGAGGCAGCGGCGGUAGCGGCUUCGACUGCCGGUGCCGUGGCCAAUGGUGAUGUGGCUAGUGGCCUCGGUUACACAGCGACUGGGAAGGUUUUGCCCACCAUGACCCAGCGGAAGCUGAAUCAAGUAAAGGUGACGAGCAAUGUGAAGGUUGAGACCAGUAGGGUGAAAUACACCCGCAAGACCACAAAGGAGAUUGGUGGUGGCGGCAAGUGA